AUGGCCCGGUCGUACGGCGGCCGGGUGCUGGCCGCGAUGGUCCUGCUGGGCGUCCCGGCGGCCGUGCUGGCGGCGCUGGGCGCGCAGCUGCUGUUCCAGCUGCAGGCGGGCCGCGCGGAGCUGCGGGGGCCGCGCGCCGACGGGCUGGGCCCCGAGCUGGGCGCCGGCCCCGGGCUGCCCGAGGACGCGGCCGGGGCGCUGCUGCCGCUGGCCGCCGCGCUCGCCGCGCUCGCCCUGGCGCUGGGCCUCACCUGCCUGCUGCUCGCCGCGCUCUGCGGCCACCUGGGCGCCGAGCUGGCGCGGGGGCCCGGCUCCGGCAGGGCUGACUGGUUUCUCUAUGACUGCCGCCUCCUCAGACACGUGGCCCUCGGCCUCUUCUGCUGCGGGGUCUCCGUCUACUUAGCAGCACUGUCCAUCUAUGCCCUGCUGCUCUUUGAGAUCGAGACAGGUGCAGCGGCAGCCUCCAUCCUCGGCUUGGGUGCCCUGGUCCUGGUGGCUGUGCUCACCCACACUCUGCUCCGAGCGGCCCGGGCCACCCGCCGUGGCCCCCAUGAGCUGUCCCCACCGCACUUUGAAGAUGACCCCGUCAACCCUGCUGAAGUCUCCAAGACCAGCCCCAGGGCUCAGCCCCAACAGGGUACCCACCGCCAGACCCCCUACUCAUUCUGCCCUGAACCUGGGGACUCCCUCAGACCCACAGUGACUGCCACGGCUCCUACAGACCUGGGGGGAGGCCGGGAGAGCAGCCUGCCUUCAGCCCGCAUGCAGCGGACACUGUCAGCAGGCAGGGGGCACUGGGAAGGGGUCACCCAAGAGAUGCGCAGCAUGUUGGGCCACAGGCCAGGGGGCUCAGGAAAGGACUCAACACUGGUGUAA